GAACCUUGAGAAAAUCUACCGAGAAGUACAAAUAAUGAAAAUGUUAGACCACCCACACAUAAUCAAACUUUAUCAGGUAAUGGAGACCAAAAAUAUGUUGUACCUUGUCACAGAAUAUGCAAAAAAUGGAGAAAUUUUUGCUACAGCCUGGAAUCCUGUCUUAGCCAACUUUUAGCAGUUUGAGAGCCUUGAGCAUCACCUUCCUGUCUAAACCCACAGAUCCAAGGAGGAGCUUCAAGUUGUCACUUAGCUUCCAUGAACUGACCAUUGAAGUCUAACCCAGCCUUCAAUCCUGAGUCUUCCCAUGUGCCCCAAGAAGAAAGUUUCAAGGAAAACACAGCAGCUUCUCUUCCCUCCUGCUCAGCAGUACUGAUAGAGGGCUCAGUAACUUGACUCUCAACCCUGGGACCACGUACCCUUCCCCUCCACCAGAAGGGCCACCCCAAAAGCAGAACAGACAGGAGACCAUCCAACAGUAGAGACUACCUUGCUAAUCAUGGCCGGUUAAAUGAAUCUGAGGCCAGACGCAAAUUCUGGCAAAUCCUGUCUGCUGUUGAUUACUGUCACAGUCGGAAGAUUGUACACCGUGACCUCAAAGCUGAAAAUCUCCUGCUGGAUAGCAACAUGAAUAUCAAAAUAGCAGAUUUCGGUUUUGGAAAUUUCUUUAAAAGUGGUGAACUGCUGGCAACAUGGUGUGGCAGCCCCCCUUAUGCAGCCCCAGAAGUCUUUGAAGGGCAGCAGUAUGAAGGACCACAGCUGGAUAUUUGGAGCAUGGGAGUUGUUCUUUAUGUCCUUGUCUGCGGGGCACUGCCUUUUGAUGGACCGACUCUUCCAAUCUUGAGGCAGAGGGUUUUAGAAGGAAGAUUCCGGAUUCCGUAUUUCAUGUCAGAAGAUUGUGAGCACCUCAUUCGAAGGGUGUUGGUCCUGGACCCAUCCAAACGGCUUACCAUAGCUCAAAUCAAGGAGCACAAAUGGAUGCUCAUAGAAGUUCCUGUCCAGAGAACUGCCCUUUAUCCACAAGGGCAAGAAAAUGAGCCAUCCAUUGGGGAGUUUAAUGAACAGGUUCUGCGUCUGAUGCACAGCCUUGGAAUAGACCAACAGAAAACCAUUGAGUCUUUGCAGAACAAGAGCUACAACCACUUUGCUGCCAUCUAUUACUUGUUGGUGGAACGCCUGAAGUCACACAGGAGCAGUUUUCCUGUGGAGCAGAGACUUGAUGCCCGCCAGCGGCGGCCUAGCACCAUUGCUGAGCAAACAGUUGCCAAGGCACAAACUGUGGGGCUCCCAGUGACUGUGCGCUCGUCAGCCGUGCGGCUGAUGCGAUCCACCCUCCUCCCACAAGCGUCCACUGUGGAGGCCUUUCCAUUUCCAGCAUCCAGCUGUCAGGCAGAGGCAGUGUUUAUGGAAGAGGACUAUGUCGACACUCCAAAGGUAAAUGGCUGUCUGCUGGACCCCGUGCCUCCUGUCCUGGUGAGAAAGGGCUGCCAGUCGUUGCCCAGCAAUGUGAUGGAGACCUCCAUCGAUGAAGGGCUGGAGACAGAGGGAGUGGCCGGGGAAGACCCCAGCCAGGCUUUUGGUGCACUCCAGUCCACACGCAGCGGGCAGAGGCGGCACACACUCUCAGAGGUGACGGAUCAGCUGGUCGCCAUCCCUGGUUCAGGUAUGAUGCACAGGAAAAUUUUCUCCAUGAGUGAGAAUCCCUCCCUUGACAGUGUAGACUCUGAGUAUGACAUGGGGAGGGACCUGAACUUCCUGGAGGACAACCCUUCCCUGAAGGACCUCCUGUUAGCAAAUCAGCCAUCGCCACGCAUGACGUCACCCUUCGUAAGCCUGAGACCUGCCAACCCAGCCAUGCAGGCUUUGAGCUCUCAGAAACGAGAGGCCCACAACAGGUCGCCUGUGAGCUUCAGAGAGGGCCGCAGGGCCUCGGACACCUCCCUCACCCAAGGAAUUGUAGCUUUUAGGCAACAUCUGCAGAAUCUGGCUAGAACCAAAGGAAUCCUAGAGCUGAACAAAGUACAGUUGUUAUAUGAACAAAUAGGAUCAGAGGCAGACCCUACCUUGGCAUCAGCUGCUUCUCAGCUCCAAGACCUUGCUGGCAGCUGCCCUCAGGAGGAAGUUUCCCAGCAGCAGAAAAGUGUCUCGGCUCUCCCCAGCAGUGUGCAUGCUCAGCUCGCCCAGCGGCAAAGCCUGGAGGCCCAGUACCUGCAGCAUAGACUCCAGAAGCCCAGCCUUCUGUCUAAAGCUCAGAACACCUGUCAGCUUUACUGUAAAGAACCUCCACGGAGCCUUGAACAACGGCUGCAGGAACACAGACUCCAACAGAAACGACUCUUCCUGCAGAAGCAGAAUCAGCUGCAGGCGUAUUUCAAUCAGAUGCAGAUAGCAGAGGGCCCGUACCCACAGCCGAGUCAGCAGCUGCCCCUUCCUCGCCAGGAGACACCAGCAGCACCCCGGCCCCAACCAUUCAGCCUGACCCAGCCCCUCGGCCCCGUCCUGGAGCCUCCAUCGGAGCAGAUGCAGUGCAGCCCUUUCCUCAGCCCGUACCAGGAGAUGCGGCUGCAGCCGCUGCCCUCCUCGCCAGGCCCCCAGGCUCCUCCUCCGCUGCCCUUGCGGUCACAGCCACCGCCACAGUCGGCGGCUGCUCUCACAGCCCCACAGUUCUCCUAUCAGACUUGUGCGCUGCCAGAUGCUGCCUCCUCUGAGCCAGACUAUCCAGCUCCCUGUCAGUACCACAUGGAUGGGGCCCAGCAGAGUGGCGUAGCUGUGCCGGACGGUCCCAGGGGCUCAGGACUGCAGGAGGCCCCCUCCAGCUAUGACCCCCUAGCCCUCUCCGAGUUUCCUGGACUCUUUGAUUGUGAAAUGCUGGAGGCUGUGGACCCACAGCACAGUGGCUAUGUCCUGGUCAAUUAACCUCAGCACAGGAAGUGAGGUGGGUCAAGUGAAGGAAGAGUGUGUAUUCCUAUUUUUAUUCCAGCCUUUUACAUGUAAAGCUUAUUUUCCUGCCCUCUCCCUAGAGGAGAAAAAUGAAGUCGCCCAAAUGGAAUCAGGGCCUGGCCAGGUGGAUACCGAUUCCUCCUGCCUCUGUCCCACCAGUUUUCUGUGGCAGGUGCUGGGAUGUAGUAGUAGGCUAAAGCUCACGCCCUUAGGUCAAGGGGAGCAAGACACUGAUGAAAGUUCUGCCAAAAAGACAUCCAGACCGAGUUUUCUGCAGAACUGCACCAGCUCAUUACUGUGGAAAACCUUGUUGGAAGCAGGAAAAAAUUGUGUGCAGUAUGUAUGGGCAAAAAAAAGGCAAUAUAUUUUUCACAGAAGCCAAAUAGUAAGUCAAAAAUUCACAGUGAAAUCUGAUGCACAGGAAAUAAAGUUGUUCUCUGUCAUUGAAUCCUAAGUUCUAAGCUGCUGGUGCAAGUUGUCCCCAUGACCACCCAAGGAAGUGGAGCACGAAAUUUGUUUCAGGAGCCAUGAAGUAACAGCAGGCAGCCAAGACUCUGGCAGCGGGCAACAUGCCUUCUUCUUCGGAAGGCUCCCUGGAUUCAGAGUCUGUGCACUCAGUGCUCCAACGAUGUUGCCUGUAGAAUCAAGAGGCCCCCAACCUUGGGGGCUGGGGCAGAACCAGAGAACCCUUAGGAGCACCAGCCCUGGUGGGGGAGGGGAGCACUUCCUGCACAUUCUGUGGGGACUUCCGGGUUGGGGCAGCUGGUCUUUAGAGGGCCUCGUGUCUCUUAAAAUGUAAUAACUACUUUGACUUUACACCUUUACGUUGCUAGUAGUUUACUGAGCUUUGUGUAUCUGGACAGUUUCCUACAGGGCUUGGAAAUUUUAAGGACAAAGAAGAGUGACUUUCAUCUCUCGUGUGGGCUGUAGUGCUGUGCCUUCCCCCCCAGAUCGUGCUAAUUCUUUUCUUUCCUGUAGAAACCAAGUUUUCCAUUUAUGUUGAUGCUAAAUCCAAAGUCACUUCAGAGUUUGUUUUCCACCAUGUGGGAAUCACAUUGUUAAUUUCCUUAAAGUUUUGACUUGUAAUGAAAUGUUCAAGUAUUACAGCAAUAUUCAGAAACCAUAGAUGUGUUAACCAUUCAAGCAGAUCAUCUGCCAAACACAUUAUAUUACUAGUAAAACUUAAACCUUACAAUUCAUUCAUCAGAGUAAAAAACAGAUGCCACAGCUAAUUAACAGUAUACCUACCUAGAAGUGAUGAGUGAUCAGUCGUUUGCACAGUAAUGUCCGAGUGUUACAAAUUCAGUAUUAGUUAAAAACUCUACCUGCUGUCCUUUAGAACGGCUUGACCUUUCAGCUGGUGAAUGCAUAAAGCACAAAGGAGAGAGAUAAUAAUACACUGAUGCUGCAUCUAGAAAACACCUUUAUGUUGCCUUCCUCUUCGUAGUAAGUGUUCAGGCAGGUGAGGACAGCGUGGAAGGCCAGAGUGCGGUCCUGCCCAGCCAAACCCAGCCCUGCUGGCAUAGGCACCAAGCAGCCCCAGCUGUGGGCUCCAGUUGGCACCAAAGCCUUUGCAGAGGCCCUCUGCCUGGGUCCGGAUACGGGGUGUCAGCAAGAAGGGGUAGCACACAGGACUGUCGUGUGAUCUAAUAGCACUCGUGAAACCCAGGAAGAAUGAAUUAUGUUCUGUCUAUGCAUUUAUUCCUCCUCGUGCUCAAGACUGAUGAAUAAAAAAGGGCCUGUAUUUCAGCUGUGUCCUGACUGGUGGGCCCAAAUGAUUUAAUGAGAGGAUUUAAUGAGAGGAUUUAAGAGAUCCUCUCAUUAAGAUCUCUGAUCUGAGUCUUUGCAAAAUAAGUCAGUUAUAAAAUGGAUUGAUUUGCUUAGACUGCAGUAUGUUUUCCCAAAAUAUACUACAGAAGUGCUGUAAUAUUUAUUAAAAUGCUUUCCAGAUUGAAAAUGGGGGCCACUCAUUUCAGAGUGCCAGGAGUGGCCCAGUUGCAGGCUGGCACAAACACCUGCCCCCACCACAAGGCCACGAGCCACUGUGCCCAGGAAGCCUUGGAGCUGUGGAGGGAAUGUUAAGGCUGACAGGGGAGGGACAGCAUGAGAGGGCAGAGAGGCAGACGUCGGACGCACUUGGAGGGGCCGUGUCUGCCAGGAACCCUAACUAGCGGGUGGGCGCUCAUGGGGUGAUUGGCUGGGAGUUUAGAAAUGCGCCCAGCAGGCUCCUUUUUGCUUUCCUCACUCAUCUCCAACAGAAAUCGGUAAACCCUUAACUGUUUAUUGAAUGUAAGCAGGUGGGAGGAGGCUGUGUGGCCAGUCGCUGAUCCCCAGCCCUGUCUGCUCAUUGCUCUGCCCAUGGGAGGCUGCUCUGAAAUCAUGUUCUCUUUCCAGUCUGUUUCCUACAGCAGUGUGUGCACUACUGUAGAGUGAUCAUUAGCUUUCCUAAUCUGUAAACCAGGCUCCUACUUUGGUGAGAUGAACGUGAGGUAAAAAUUUCAUUCAGCAAGAA